AACCAUCCAGCAUAACGAAACCGAAGGCAGCGCCGCCGGAGAGGGAGCUGCUGCGUGUGUGUGUGUGUUGAGAUGAGUCUCGCCGUGAGCGACAGUGACAACAUACACAGGAAAUCGUAGCCAUAAGUUAUCGGCGAUCGCCCGAACACACCAGGAACUGCGUGUGUGUGUUGAUCGCCCUGUCGACACCCACAGAGAGAACGAGCGGCUGACCCCGGGCAUGGACUACAAGGCUGUGUUCGUUGCCUUGGAGGCGGUGUGCGAUGAGAGCCUGGACGCGCUGUGCGCCCCUCCGGACCUGCCGUACGCCGCCGCCGCCCAGCGUCUGGUCAACACCAUCGUCCAGGUCCAGGAGCACGGCCGCGCGCUGCUCCCCGUGGUCACCGGCUUCGCCGCCAUCUUCCACCACUACGACUUUGAGCCGGAGACGCCCGCAAACGGCUACCGCACGCUAGUCAAGGUGCUGCAGUCCUGCCUGCUGCACAUCAUCGACAAGACCCGCUACGUGGCGACCAGCUGCCACGGCGCCUUCUUCCGCGCGGAGCACAACGCCUGUGAGCUGGAGGCCUACUGCGGCGCCCUCUGCCAGCUGCGGGCCCUCAUGUACCUGGCCCAGCGGCUGCUGCGCGACAACGGCCACGGGCAGCUCAUCUCCCUGCAGGACGGGGAGCUGAGCCGGCGCUUCGUCCGGGAGUACGCCUCCAUGCACAAGGCCGUCUUCUACGGCCGCUGCCUGGGCUUCCAGUUCUCGGCCACGCUGCGGCCGUUCCUCCAGUCGGUGGUCAUCAGCAUGGUGUCGUACGGAGAGACGUACGGCAAGCAGCAGUCGAGCUUAGGCAUGGCGGCCCUGUCCCUGCUGACCUCGGGGAAGUACGUCCUGGACCCCGAGCAGAGGGGGGCGGAGUUCGAACGCAUCACGCAGAACCUGGACCUGCAGUUCUGGAAGUCCUUCUGGAACCUCACAGAGUCCGGCCUCGUCACGGGUUUCACCAGGAUAACCUCAAACCCUGUGAACGUUAACCUGGCCCUCACCCUGCCCCCCGUCCAGCUGCGUCUCCCGUUGACCUCUGACCCCCGGCUCUCCACCCCAGUCUCCCCCCCGGUCGCGCACACCGGGCCGGGGCCUGUCUACGCACGCCUCAUCUCCCACGAGUUCCGCGAAGGACAUGACACUGAGGAGCUGCUGGCCUACUCUGACAUGGAGGCAAACCCCCUGGCGCUGAACAUGGUCUCCUCCUGGUCCCAGAAGAAGGCGCGGUCCCCCUGGCUCAUGAUCCACUUCCACGGCGGCGGCUUCGUGGCCCAGACCUCAAAGUCCCACGAGUAUUACCUGAGGAGCUGGUCCAAGGCCCUCAAGGUGCCCAUCCUCUCGGUGGACUACUCCCUGUCCCCUGAAGCCCCCUUCCCUCGGGCCCUGGAGGAGUGCUUCUACGCCUACUGCUGGGCCCUCAAGAACGCCCACCUCCUAGGCUCCACGGCCGAGCGGGUGUGUCUGGCGGGCGACAGCGCCGGCGGCAACCUCUGCAUCACUGUGUCCAUGAAGGCCGUUUCCAUGGGGAUAAGGGUCCCCGACGGCAUCAUGGCCGCCUACCCCGCCACCUUGCUCACCAUCGACGCCUCGCCCUCCCGCCUCCUGACGCUCAUAGACCCCCUGCUGCCCCUGGGGGUGCUGGCCAAGUGCCUCAACGCCUACGCAGGCGUGACCUGUAAGGGCCUUCAGCCGGUGGUGGGCAGCGGCACGCUGGGCGCCCUGGGCCGCGACACCGCCACGCUGCUCAGCGACCUCGGCUGGGGCGCCUCCAACUGGCUGCAGUCCUUCCUGGACCCCGCCCGCUCCCGCAGCCCCAGCAGGCCGCCGCCCACUUUGGCGCUGUCCACGCCCCCCGGCAGGAGCGCCAGCGAGCGCAUCCUCAGGUCAGACGGCGGCGGCGGCGGUGGCGGCGGCGGCGGGGAGGGCGGGGACUACCCCGACGGCUUCCAGCCGAUGCGGUCCGAGUGCUUGGCGUUCGUGCUGCAGUCGUCGUGUCCCGUCAUCAAGAACCCCUUUGUGUCGCCGCUGCUGGCGCCCAACGAGCUGCUGAAGGGCCUGCCGCCCGUCCAUAUUGUGGCCUCCGCACUGGACGCUCUGCUGGACGACUCUGUGAUGUUCGCCAGGAAGCUGCGAGACAUGGGCCAACCGGUGACCCUGACCAUCGCCGAGGACCUGCCCCACGGCUUCCUCAGCCUAUCACAGCUCACCAAAGAGACGGAAGUGGCCUCUGACCUUUGUGUCGCGCGAAUCAGAGAGGUCUUCCUGAAAAGGGACCCGCCCUCCAAUCUUCGUCAGCGACCGACUGCAGCAAGCCCAGCGGUUUGAAGGAAAUGACACUGAAGUAGUGCAAAACUGUACCUGAACAAAAGUACUAAACAGGGAACAACGGUGUCUUCCGGAAGCGAACCGCUGGUCAGUAGGGUUAGGCAACACCCCCGUAUUCGAACUGGCAACAUUCCAUGGCACGGAAGUAAAGAACAAAGAACGUAAAUAGAAUAGAGGAAAGAAAAUAGACCUCUACAUGUGAAACCACCUUAGACAAGAGUCAAAUAUCAAAAUCAGAUUUAAUGGAAAAAAAAAUUAUUGAACAAGUAGCCCAGUACAGAGAAAAUGGCUAAUUUCUAUUAUCUGGUACUGGGCUGUCGUGCCUUCACAUGCAGAGUCGAGAUUAGAGGGAACGUUUUGUACCACUGCUAAGAGCUAGCGGAAGUCGUUGGGAGAUCGAAUCGAUCCACCAGCGUUUUAUAUUAUUUAUUCGCACUGACCUGUGAUUGGUUAACGGCGCUGUGUCGCCUUAAUCAAGAGCGCGUGUCUGGUUGUGUGUGUUUGUAUUAUCAGCAGUCCAGACUUUAGAGUCAACACACACACACACACACCUAUUUGAGGGUGUGUAUCCAUAGCACAGGAUUGGGAUGGGAUAGGACUAGGGAUAGUGUAAUGGUGUUGUUGUAUAUCCGAUGAGAUUAUACGCUCGUCCAAUGGCGAGCUGGCGAUCGGCGACCUCACCCUCCUCUCCCGAUAGCAACAUGGCUCCUCUCCGCACAACGAGCCAACUGAGAGGGAAGUUAACCCCUGACCUUUUCAUUUCCCGCUGUCACUCACAGUUGCCUUACACCUACCCCUCCCCUUGUUUCCCGCUCUUUUAUUUAAAUCUUGCAAUGUUUACCUCCCUUAAUCCAUCCUAAUGAACCUAGUUCCUUACCAGCAGUACCAUUACUAGCAUGGCUGACCAAGAGAUGUCUACAAUGUACUGUAUUAAUAAUGUCAUGCACUUGGGUGGCUUUAAGUCUGUCCUGUAUUUAUUUUCUUUCUACAAGUAUUCGCAAUAAGCCACAAGUUUGUGGCCUUGACCCGUUGUUUUGAGCGGUGCGGUGGUUUGUGUUUCUGCUUGUUUUGUUUUAUAACAGUUUACAUUAAGUGCUGAAAUGUUGUUAAAAAACUAAAGUAUUAAAUCUGGACUUCAACAAC